AUCACAGAAAAGCAGCCCAAGUAGACAUUAAUAUUAAUAUUAAUAUUAACAUUAAUAUUAAUAUUAAUAUUAACGUUGAUCUUAUUAAAUAGAUUAAACGGGGUUCGAAAAGGCUGGAAAGAGCUGGAGACAGGCAGGGCAGAAGAGAUAUUCAUCGUUGGAGGGGAACCCUCUGUUGCAAAGUUGUUGCUUUUCUCGUUAUUCCUUUUGUAUCAUCAGUCGAGUCAGAUUGUGGGGUCUUUCAAAAUUGGAUCUUUACCUUCGAAUUUGUUGGCAUGGUUUCUGCACGCCUAUGUUUAUAAAUUUUGUAAGUGAUGCAGUAAUCUGAAUUUUUAUGUUAAAGUAAAAAAUUGGUGAUGCUUUGCAUGGUAGAGUGAAUCGUUAUUUUACAUGGAAAUGUUGUCGAAGUUCUUGACCGGCGCAAUGAAUUCAGUAACGAGCAAAUGUAUGGUUUUGCUUGUUACUUUUUUGAUUCUUAGAGCGCUGUUGUUACCAUCCUUCCCUGGCUUUGACGGGAUUCAAUGGAGCAACCUUAUAUAUAUCCGCACUCCAUUGUUGAAUUUUGACUUUGGAAUACGACAAGAUAAGUUUUUGGUGGUUCCUCAGAUUGUGUGGGGAUUAAACAACCAGAAGAUUGCGUUUGCAAGGGCCUGUCUUACUGCUAGAAUGCUGAACAGGACAUUGUUGAUGCCAAGCCUCAGUGCCUCAUUGUUUUACAAAGAAAUGGACCUCUUGGAACCUAUUUCCUUUGACAAGAUAUUCCAAUUUGAGAAGUUCAAUAGCCUUUGCCAUGGUUUUGUCCGGUUGGGGCGCUAUUCAGAUGUCUUGAAUAGAACAGAAGUGUUGGAAAUGGAAAAGGGAAGUGGUAGGAGGUGGACAGUGGAGAGAGAUUUGUCACAAUUGAAGGAGCAUGGCAAGGGCCCUUUUGAUGACCACGAGGUAAUUCGGAUUGUAGGGAAGAACCCUUUCUUGUGGCAUGACCAUUGGCCUGUGAAGGACUAUGCAAGGAUUUUUGAGUGCCUGUAUUUGACAGAAGAGAUUGCUAAGGAAGUAGACAUGGUUCAGUCUAGGAUAAGAGCUGUUGGAAGAAAGAUAACAGGCAACACUCAAGCAGUGGAAAUGCAGAGCAGUAUCACCGAUGAUGGUCCUUCUUUUCAGCCCCUUCCAUAUGUUGCUGUCCACAUGAGGAUAGAAAUUGAUUGGAUGAUUCACUGUAAAAAUGUAGAGCGGCGAUUGAACACGAAUAAAAUCUGCAGUGGCAAGAAAGAGAUAGUGGAAAGAGUCAGGAACAUUGGUGGUUUGAAGACUCCGGUUGUUGUUUAUCUUGCUGUUGCUGAUAAACUCCUCAACAAUUCUUCCAUACUUGAAGGUUGGGAAGAUGGGUUUGUUCCUUUCGAGAAGAAAAAACUUGGUGUUGAUGGAAUUUACAAGAAGUAUCCAUAUUUAAUUCAGUCUGCAAUAGACUAUGAAGUGUGUUUAAGAGCUGAUACUUUUGUGGGAAACAGUUUCUCGACAUUUUCAAGUCUUAUAGUUCUUGAAAGAACACAGAAGAUGAUGAGAAUGAAUGGCAGCAACUUGUGUGGGGAAAAUGUAAGAUGGCCUUCUUAUGCUUACAACAUACCAGGAACAUCAAAUGGUCCAAAGAGAUGGAUUACAAACAUGUCAGAAUCAAAUCUUCAAUCUAUCAGCUAUGGCACCUAUCACAUCUCUUGUUAACAGUGCCUUGUUUACUUAAUCAUUCCUGCUUCAUACUAUCAGAGUAGAAAGAGCCCCUUUUUCUUGGCUCAACAUUUUCACUUCUGGGCAUGAAUGGCACACUCGAAAGGAAGGAUUUUGAUGUAGAGAAUACACACUUAAGGUACAGUUCUCGUUGUUUAAAUUGAACCCAUUACUUUGAAACAAAUUUCUCAGGUCUGGCAGUGUUUGGUCGUUAAAAAACAGAAGGGCAGGUUUUGGUUUCUGUAUACGUUGUUGUGUGUCUACAGUUAGGGAAGUGUUACUGUUGGUGGAUGGGGUUCACGUGUGGGAGAGUUCUAUAAGUGUAUGCUCCAGUCGUGUCUACUUUUGUUGUACAUUUAAGAGAACACAAAGUCUGCUCUUCAGUUAUUAAAGAAAAAAAAAAAGUGGACCCUCAUUUAGUUCUUUCGCAGGAAGUGGAAAAUUCCAUCUUUAGAAAUGAUUUUCUGCAAAUGAAGUUGGUGGAAAAAAGGAAAAAACUCAUCCCAUAAAAGAAUGAAUUUGAUUUCUCUUGUUAAUACAACCUGAGAUUCUGACAAGUCUUCCAGACCCAAUUCAUACAUCUUUUUUUCCGAAAAGAAUGAAAUAAUAUUUUGC